GAAAACGCGGGAUGCAAUACGAAGCGUUGGCGAAGAUCUUCUUUGCAGCGGCGUUGUGCUCGUUAUCAAACGCCCUUAUAAUGAUUGAUUGAUUUUACCUAAACUGAAUGGCGCAAGUUUAAGGGGCUCGCAGAACUGCGAGCCUAAAACGUGGCCGAGGGAAUGCGAGCACUGGAGCCUCUGCAUUUGUCCAGCGAGCUGGAAGCCUUCUACAAUGACCAAGCCUCGUCUGGGACAGGACAGCGCCGUGGCCCAAACACUUCAUGGCACCUGCUCUACAUUUUCCUUGUCACUGCUGGCUGGCACGCCUCCACGCACGCUGCCGGCUUGGGGGCUGCGCACGUCUGGCUUGGAACAGUCGCCUACGUCUGCGUGCUCCUGGGCCAUGAAGCCUUGACAAGCGGCGUGGCACACGGGCAGCAGCGGAAGCAGCGCGAGUGGGUGGUUGCGCUCCUGCGUGUUUCCUUGAGCGUGCUGUACCCCACAUGUGCCCCGGGCCUUGCCCGCACGCUGGGCCUAGGCAGCGGCUUCCUGGCAGGCACGGCGUUCGUCAGGUGGCCAGGGCGAGGUCUGCUUCGUGGUCAGCUGCAGCGGCUGGUGGAGUGGGGGCAACACACCAUCCGCGGUGCGCAUGGCGGCGGCGGCGGCAGCGGCAGCGGGUGGGCCCUGCUGUGGCACCUGCUGAUCAGCAGCGGCGCGGUCCACCAGUCAUUGCUCGCGCUGGCGUUGCCGCUUAGCUUUAAAACACACCUUGCCGUGACGCUCAUUUCGAGUGUGGUCAUGAACCUCCUGUGCAACGACGCCGCGUGCGCGGCUCUGGGCUCCAGCCCACAGCUGCGGCAGCACGUGGCUGUCGCGGCGCGCCAGUUGAGCGUUGUGCACGGCAUCAUCGCUGCACCGGGGCCGUUCGGUGGGGGCAUUCUCCUGCCCGCAAUGUCAGCAGUAGCGCCUGUGCCGGGUGCAGCGGAACCCGCGGCAACGGCGGCUACCUUGCUCGCUGCCGCCGGAUUGUCCUCGGGCAACAGCAGCAUUGGCGUGUGGGCUUCAGAAGCAGGUGUGGCAGCAGCUGCGGACGCGGCAGCAUCAGGAGCAGCUGGCGCCAGGGCUUCAGCCGGUCGCCCCGCCGCCCUGGACCUAGUGGCAUGGAAUGACUGGGGGCUGCCCGCGCCGUUGCUGCCCAGCGCGCCAGCGGUGGCUGCCCAGGUUGCAGCCUCAGGCGCCGCUGUGACCACCGGGCUCGGGGAGGAGGCCGCGACCGAGUUCGUGUGGCCGGGGUGCUGGGCUGUGGUGUCGUUUGUGCAGGUGUUCCUCGCGGUUGGCGUGACAAGCACAGUGGUUUACUUUGUAGAAUGGGCGCGGCGACAGGCAUUCGUGGACCGCAUCCGUGAACUGCAGCAGAGUGCGCGUGUGCGUGCGGCACAGACGCCGUCCGCAUCUGAGGCCGGGCCGAGCAGCUCCCGCACCGGGGCCCCCACGGCGCAAGGCCAAGUCGAGAGCGGGGGCGACGCUGCGGUGGGCGAUGAGGAGUUGGAGGGCCUGCUACCUCGCCUGGUUCUGCCGCCUCCACCCGAUCACGACUUGCUGCAGUACGUGGCGAAGGCGGUCCUGCUUGGCCUGCUUGGGCUGGUCUGGUGGGACGCGCUUCUAAUACUGAAGGCAGCGACGCUGCAGCUGGCGUAGCGCUUAGCCAAACCUCAGUAACAUUGCAAUCUGGUUGCGGAGCAGCCGUUUCUGCAGUUCAUUGCCUUCAAUAACAUUCGAUAGGACCGGGCCCUCUUUUUUGAGCCCAGCUGGCUCUUGCAUCCUGCAUAUGCUUCUUGUCUGAGUUCACACACGACUUUCGCUGCCCGGGUGCAUGCCUUGGCCCUCGGCGGAGUGAUGCCGGCUGCGUCAAUGCGACGAGUUCGGGAGAGCACAUUCUCCUUUGACACAAUCUAUGGAAUUGAUGUAUGGCUGAAUGCGCUCGGUAUACAAGCUCUCGGAUGAGGUAUGUUACCUUCAGCUCUAUUUAUGCUAGUGAGAUGCAUGCGACACGCACGGAGAGACACUCAGUGUGCCGGGGCCACAACUGAGCCAAGCAAGCCACACGCAGUGGAAGGAGUGGGUUAUGCGUGGUAGUCGCCAGGAGGGGAGCGUUUUGCCACUACCACCACCGGUGUGCGGGUUACUUUCAAUCAUGCUAUGGCUCGCACCUUCCUAGUGCUAAUCCUAUUGGUCAUCUUUAUUAGGGGUGUGGGACUCAGCCCCACACCCCUGACGCAGGCAAAACUGGUUGGUUCAGUAGAACUUGGUACCUAGUUUGCGCGGUGGUCUUUUGCCUGGUGUAGUAUCUUAGGUAUAGUGUUAGUAUGUUCUGAGAAAUGGGCCCAAUGAAGGGGCAAAACAGAGACGACGGUCGCACACAUGAUUGCGGGGUCUGGCCGCGUGGCAAACGUGAAUGGCACGAUGCUUUGCCCUGAUUGGCUAUGCUACAUGGCGGGUGGGAUUGAUGGGGCCAAGUUAUGCAAAAGUGUAUGGCAUUGGCCGGGUACGCAUGAGACGAGAGAGGAGUGGAGAAGGCAUGCUUCUACCCGACGGACCUAUCUUUUCCAUCUUCAGGGCCCAUUUGACGAGGGCGUGGGGGCAUGAGCGGCUGGUCGCGGAUUAGCAUGCAUUCCGCUCAGACGGCAGGCAACCUGGCAUACACAUGUGCAAAUACAAGCAUUGGAUGGGGCUGAGCGCAAUAGGGUCCGCACCGCCGACCAUGCACGACCAUUGUAGAGCAUUCAAAGCAGUUGCGCAUCACCAGCUUUUGAUGAGAUUCCGUUUGUACGGCUGGCCAAUCACUGCGAACCGUGCCUGGGAGAGACCUAGGGACGGAGGAGAGGACGUGCCCUCUGUGUACGGCUAAUGAGGUGGAGGACGAGCAUCACGUCUUGAUGCAAUGUACAGCCAAUGCGGAGCUACGGUUGAGCAGUGGCUUAGGCUUGAGUACCGUAAAAGCAUGCGCGAAGUGAUGCUGAAUUCUGAGCCUGCCACCUUAGCCGCAUUACUCAAGUCCAUAUGAAUGCAUAGGAGCAGGGAUGUGCCCCUUACAAGGGGAGAUAGAGCAAUAAGUGGGACGUUAUCUUAUGUCGGCGUUAUAGGGGCCACCCCGGCCCGGACCUCCAGGGAUAAAGAGGCAGGAAGGCACGCAAAGGUAUUGUAACCACACACAUUA